GGACACUAACAAGCGGCAUUACAUUCAAACGGCAAGAGAGGCGCGUGGGGUUCUGUUAAUUCCGUUGGUGUCAUAAGCCUACAUCGCCCUGGUUUUGCCUUCCUUUAGUUUUUCGAUUCUCAACAGAAAAAAGGGAAAAAAAAGGAAGAAGAAGAAGCAUUAUUUUUUUUCCGUAACAUUGUCAUCGUUAUCACCUUUACAAAAGUCUUUCUUUUAUUGGUUAGAUUAGGAUUGUUUAUAGUUUCUGGGUUCUGUUUCUAGAUUUGCAUAAAGCUGUAAAUACAUGGGCUUUUUAUGCUUAUAGAGCCUAAACAUUAUUUUCUUGUUCUUGUUCUUGUUCUUGUUCUUCUUCAAAGAAAAAAAGAAAGACCAUAGAAAGCUUUUUUGGUUUUUCUUAUUUGGUAUUUUGAUCAUCUCAGAUAUUCAAUUGAAAAAUGUUUCCUGGAUUAUAUGGGUGGCUUUGGUUUUUGAUGGAGAAGGGCAAUAGUAGCUCCUUCCUUUAAACUCAGGCAUAUUAUUUGGGAUGCAGGAGACUGCGGAACCAGACAUUGGAGGAAGGAAUUGGGCUCCAAAUUCUUGGGAUCAUUGAGAUCAAGAAUGAUUAAGAAUCUCAUUUUGAUUAGUUGCUUUAGAUGAAUAAUGGUUUUUGUGGAUGAAAUAUGCAAAUUUUGAUCCGGCUUUUUGGUGGAAGAUGAAGAAAAGGUCUUCCAAUUCAUAAUUAAAGUUAGGCAAAAGAAGAGUUUUGAUUUAGAUAACAAUGGAGGCACCAGCAACCGAACAGCCGAGUGCUCCUGCUCGAAGGAAAAAGAUGACCAAACAGUUAACAGGAAAACGAGAAGAUACGCCUCUACAUUCUGCAGCAAGAGCUGGAAAUCUUGCUGUGGUGACAGAAAUCCUUACAGGUACACCGGAGGAUGAACUGAAGGAGCUGUUACCUAAACAGAACCAAUCUGGUGAAACUGCCCUUUACGUUGCUGCGGAAUAUGGUUAUGUUGAUUUGGUUAAGGAGAUGAUUAACUAUUAUGAUCUUGCUGAUGCUGGGAUCAAAGCUAGAAAUGGUUUUGAUGCAUUCCACAUUGCUGCUAAACAAGGAGAUUUAGAUAUAUUGGAAGUGCUACUGGCAGUUCAUCCAGAAUUGGCUAUGACUGUUGAUUUAUCUAACACCACGGCUCUGCACACGGCUGCAACACAAGGCCAUAUAGGGAUUGUGAAUUUUUUAUUGGAGGCAGGUAGUAGCCUAGCUACAAUAGCAAGGAGUAAUGGUAAAACAGCUUUACAUUCUGCAGCAAGAAAUGGGCAUGUGGAGGUGGUGAAGGCACUAUUGGCUAGUGAACCUGGGAUUGCAUCAAGGACUGAUAAGAAAGGGCAGACUGCACUUCAUAUGGCAGUGAAGGGGCAGAAUGUUGAGGUGGUGGAGGAAUUGAUCAGAGUAGAUCCUUCAUUGAUGAUAAACAUGGUUGAUACCAAGGGAAACACAUCCUUGCAUAUAGCCACCCGGAAGGGUAGAGCUCAGAUUGUUAAGUUGCUGCUUGGAUACAAAGAAACCGACACAAAAGCUGUUAACAGAAGCGGUGAAACUGCUAUCGACACUGCUGAGAAAACUGGGCACCCUGAAAUUGCAACCAUUCUGCAGCAGCAUGGGGUUCAAAGUGCUCGAACCAUCAAACCUGCAGCACCAAAUCCAGCACGUGAGUUAAAACAAACUGUGAGUGAUAUAAAGCAUGAGGUGCACUAUCAACUAGAGCACACCCGCCAAACCAGAAAGCGUGUGCAAGGCAUUGCCAAGAGACUCAACAAAAUGCAUGCUGAAGGUCUUAACAAUGCAAUAAACUCCACCACUGUUGUUGCAGUCCUAAUUGCCACAGUUGCCUUUGCUGCCAUUUUCACUGUCCCUGGUCAAUACGUAGAUGACCCAAACGACAUUCCUCCUGGUCACUCUCUCGGGGAAGCUAAUAUAGCUCCAAAUCCUGCCUUCAUAAUUUUCUUCAUCUUUGAUUCCAUUGCCCUCUUCAUUUCUCUGGCUGUUGUAGUGGUUCAGACUUCAGUUGUAGUCAUUGAGAGCAAGGCAAAGAAGCAGAUGAUGGCGAUCAUCAACAAGUUAAUGUGGUUGGCUUGUGUGCUUAUUUCAGUGGCAUUCUUAGCCUUGUCAUUUGUUGUAGUAGGCACAGAGGAAAGAUGGCUUGCAAUCGGGGUGACAAUCAUAGGAACAAGUAUAAUGGCCACAACUUUGGGCACCAUGUGUUAUUGGGUGAUUAGGCAUCGGAUCGAGGCUUCAAACAUGAGAAGUAUACGAAGAUCAUCACUGGGUAGCAGGUCACGCUCCUGGUCAUUGUCUGUGAUGUCAGAUUCUGAGAUUCUAAACAAUGAGUUUAAGAAAAUGUACGCAAUUUAAUAAAGAUCACUCACGCCAGAUCCCUUUUUUCCCCAGCAUAUGGCGUUUCGGAUCACUUUUUAUGAAGUGUAUAUUUCAAGUUGA